AUGGGACGUUCUUCAUCCGGUGGUGGAAGAGGAAGUGUGACUCUUCAGAAAUUCAAGAGCAAUUCAAGUUCAACAGUUGUGAAACAUCCAUUUUCAACGAAAGAUGAAAACGAUGGAAAGGCAAGAUCGUCGUACAAAGAUGCCGAAGAAAGAGUGCUGAUCGACUACAUCCAAGCUUCCGGAAUGAAGUGCUCCGAAGACAUGGUGAAAUCGAUUCGCGAUGGAAAGUCAAUCGACUUCAAUGCGAUUGCUCCAAGAUUGAACGCUCCAACUCAAACUGAAGCUGUUGCAAGAGAAACAUAG